GAAUUAAAUUCGAAAAUGCUCGAUCCAAAGUGGAUUACAACUGAAGAAUGUAUGACAAAAACAAAACGACUUAAUGAAAUUUUCAUUCUGCCCUCAUUUCAUGGACGUGUUUUCGAACAUCUUCUGAGUAUUAAAUCAAGGAUAUAUGGUGCUAUAGUUGCUAGGACAUGCUUAAAAAAAAUGGAACGGUUACCCAAAUCAGUUCACCCAAUAUUAUCGUUUACUCUCAAAGGAGCAAUGAUUUGCUUUACUGAUAUAAGUCAUGCUGUUCGGUUAUGCGUAAAUUUUUAUUUAGUAUUAAAACACUUAGUUAAACAAAUGGCGUUAGUGAAAUAUAUGGGUGGAUCAGUUUCCAGAAAUUUUACGCGGAAGGUUACUCACCUUGUUGCUCAUUCUCAUGCCACGAAUUCAAAAAAAUAUUCUGUUGCUGCACACAACAAAAUUCCUUUGAUGACGGCGAAAUGGAUCGAAGAUGCUUGGAAAACUGCGUGUUCAAGGAAUAACAUUUCUUUUUUAGAUGCAAAAAUUAUUAAAAAAUACAGGCUAAGAUUGUUUGCUGGAUGUAAAAAUUUCCUGAAAUUAGUUCCAUUUAAGAAAAUGACUUGCUCUGGAAUCGACGGAGAAGAGAGGAAGAAAAUUGCUAGAAUAAUCGAAAGGCAUGGCGGUAUUUAUGCUGGAGAUAUGGAGAGGAGUUCUAGCACACAUCUUUUAAUAUGUAAAGCAUCUGGAGAAAAAUAUAAUGUGGCGCGAAAGUGGGGAUGGGAAGUGAUUAAAAUAGUGCAUAAACGAUGGUUGGGACAUUGUCUUCGAAGGAAAACUUUCAGUUUCCAACAUCUUGUUGAAUACCAGUGGCAAAUCAAUAUUUGA